UGUGACGUCACGACGCAGGCCCCGCCCCUCGCCAUGGCGGCGCCCUGCGCGGAGAUGGAACCGGCGGCGCCUCCUCCCUCCCCUCCUCCUCCUCCUCCCGCCGCCGCCGCGCCGGGCUCGGCCGGGCUCGUGUGCGCGCAGGGCCGCAACCUGCGGGCGGUGCUGUGCCAGCGCUGCGGCUCCCGGGUGCUGCUGCCCGGCGCCGCCACCUUCGCCCGCCGUGAGCUCCUCCUGCCCGCCAUGAGGAAGAAGGCGGCGGCGGCGGCGGCGGCGGGAGGCGGCGGGGACGUGCUGCGGGAGCACUGGCUGGUGCGCGACAUGUUCUCCUUCGAGAACGUGGGAUUCACCCGCGACGUGGGCAACGUCAAGUUCCUGGUGUGCGCCGACUGCGAGGCGGGGCCCAUCGGCUGGCACUGCCUCGACGACAAGGACAGCUUCUACGUGGCGCUGGAGCGCGUGGCCCACGAGUGACGCCGGCCUCGGGCCGGGAGCUGGGCCCAGCCGCCGGGAGCCCCGACAGCCCCGCGGCCGGGCAGCCCUGCGGACUGACACGGGGGACUGACCGCAGCUGGUCACCCCAGAGCCCGACUGACCACGCCCUGCCUGCCCCAUGGCCCGGUGCCCCUUGGCCUGGCUGGCCACAGCUUGCCUGCCCCCCAGUGUGACUGACCCACAGCCCGGCUGGUCACCCCACAUCCCAGAUCCACAGGCUGACCAGCGUCAGGAAUUGCAGCCCUGGCACAGCCAGCUUCUCAGCUGCACCCACAUGGGAAGAGUGGUGGUGGUGGGAGGGUCCCCUGUACCCUGCAGGGACAGCUCACCCUGACGGUUUUGUCCCGGAGCCUGAUCUGCCCCAGUGUGGCUGCUGCACCUCCCUGGUGGCUGCUGUUGCUCCAAGGGGCUGAGGUGUCUCUCAGGCUGAUGGCCCUGUGACACCGUGGAAAUGGGGGCACUGGAACGGGGCAGCAGGAGCACAGGACUGCUGCACUGAGUCAUCGUGGCAGCUGAAACUGUCUGACCUGCAGCCAGAGCAGUUCUGGGGUUUAAGGCUGAAUCUUCUGUUGAUUUUCAGAAGGACUGUUCGCUGCCCCAAGCUCUAACACUUACGUUCUCCAAAACCUCAUCCCACCCGACAGCUGUACUCUGUGAGAGUUGUGGCACCUGAAGUGAGUGCAAGGCGUUCCAACUAACGUUUGCAGUUCUAUUAACUGAGUACUUGGAAACAAAAGACAGGUAGAAUGUGCAGACAGCACAGGCUGAUAGAGCAGCAAAUAAAUAAAUGUGCCAGACCACAGAGUUUUCAGGCAGCAAGAGUGCAGAGAUUCCAGCCUGGAAAGGAUCUGAAUCAUUGGACAGGUAGUGCUGAAGCAUGUCAGAACAGCCGUAUGUGUGUGUGUUAAACAGUGAUGUCAGGAAGGAAUUUCUCUUCUGUAAAAGCUGGUGGUAAGAGUAACCUGGGAUAUUGUGACCAGUUUUGUUUUCAGCCUUUUAAAAGCUGGGCACAAAGCUAAUUAAAAAUGGAAGGAGGCUGCAGCAGCCGUGGUUCUCACUGCAUUUAUCACUACUGGUAGUUGUUGCAAACCCUUGUAUGAGUGGCAGAGCAGCUCUCCAGGGAUGCUCUGGGGUCCCUGGUGCUGUGCCUCCCUGUGGGACAUAUCACUGUCCUCUGCUCAUAAGCACUUGGCUACUAACCCAGCUGUGAAGGCAUAGCUGUCACUGUGCUGGGGUGAUAGACUUGUUUGUGCCACCAAACUCCAGGUGGGUUGUGGGUGUGCUGCCCCAAGGCUGUGGGAAUGACCUUUCCCUUGCUCCCUUAAUGAAACAGUUUUGCUGGCAGGGCUCUGCACAGCAGGCACAGCCUCAGAUGAGUCUCCCGGAAGAGGCAUCCUGACAGCAGGAGGGGCAGAAACAAGUCCCUUCUUCCUGCAGUGCUUGAGCACCUGCACUUGUAAGAUUUGGAGACUCUGCCUUUAUGUGGAAGAUCCAAGGUGUUGGCUGUUCUGGGGCUGCUCUGUCAGGAACCUCUGCUGUGGGCAGUCAGGAUUUAUCAGGGGAGGGAGAGAGGCAGAACUGUGGUCUGGGGGCUGAGGGUCUCACUGGAGCAGGAGGCAAAUCCUGUGCUGUGUCCUUGCUACCUGUGUCAGAUGGACAUUUGUCAUGGAAACUGCUUCUUCCCUCCUGCCCUUCCUGUCUCUUAGCCCUAAGCCCAGGGACUGCACAGGUUCAUCGAGGAGAUGUACCUCGAAGGACAAGAGAGCUUCACUUGGGUUCUGCACAGGCAUGGCAAAAUGGUGGGAUCACAGAACUAAUUUCACACUUUCAUUUGGGUUGUUGUCUAUCAGGAAAUGUGUUCUGACCUGUAAUACCCCAGUGAUAGUCCAUGUUGCCUAAAUAUGCCGUGCUGCACAAGCUUCAUUUGGAAGGUGCCACUGUGCAGAACAGACUGUGGAAAUCAGCUCGGCUAACACUGAGUAAAUGACCUCCAAAAAAUGGUACAUGUGGAUUCCUGAGUAGAGGGUGGCACUGGGACGGAGCUGGGGGAUGGUGGCAGCUUUCCCCGUCAGUAGAACACCCCUGGAGAGAUGGGAGAGCUCGGGUCAAAGGCCUUCAUGUCAGAAUGGCAGCAACUGAGAUCCACCUCAGUGCUGGGAGUGCUGGGAGCUCCUGCUGCGCUUCGGUGGGAGAGGGGAGGUGAAUCCUCCUUGGAUCCAGGUGUGCUUUCUGCUGACUCAAUAGGAUCACAUAGACUUGAAAUGCUAAGAAGAAAUGAACAGUCUGAUGGGAAUUCUUGGGAAGAAGCUUUUGUACCAUGAGAUCUUGGGGGUCUUUCAGCCUCACGUAGGGUCUUGGGUUCCGGCAGCUUGGAAAGGCCAUGAGAAACACCCCUGCAGUGCAGGUGGCACGGGCAGAGACCGGGGCAGGUGAAGGGACAGCUGUGCAGUCCAGCUCCCACUUAGCACCUGGUCUAAUUCAUGUUCCCAGAGGUCACUGAGAAUUUCAGGGGGGUGGGCAGGAAAUGAGGAAAAGGCAGCAUCAUUGUGGAAUUUGAGCUCAGGCAGCUCCACUGUGCUGUUAAUGGAGCAUUGGGGGAGGAAUGUCCCAGUCAGCAGAUGUGGUCUGGGGGAAGAGCAGCUGCUGCUCCACCCAACACAUCACCAGGCUUGGGAUCUGCUGAAGCUGCACCGUUCCUGUGUCAAUGAGAGCUAAUAAAAAUUCACAUAGACUCACAAA